UGACAUACUAUAUCAGGCCUAGUAUACGAUCCUUCCAGCAGGCCCAGGAACGACAUCUAAACGACAGGGCCGCUUUUCCAACCCAUUCAUCCUCUCAUCUGCAAAGUCCUGUAUCCCUAGACAGAACGUCGUAUGGGCAUAUUGGUUCGAUAUGACGCGAGUGAAACCUGGACAGCGACAACGCGCUCGAGCCCCAAAAGUUAAGACUGGAUGCGACACUUGCAAGUGAUCCGCAGAGUUAAAUGUGACGAAGGCCGUCCAGCCUGUACAAGAUGUACAUCUACUGGCCGGAAAUGCGACGGUUAUCAAAUCGACACACCUAGCCCCCCAGGUGCAACAUCCCCAGCCUCCAUCAUCUCCACAUAUACCACUCGACCCGAGGCACGAUCAUUCCAGUUCUUCAUCGAAAAGACCUUGGUCAGCUUUCAGACCUUCUUUCCAGAUGAUCUAUGGAACACAAGAGUGCUUCAAGUAGCUCAAUCGACAGACUGUAUAAGACAUGCUGUCGUUGCCUUGGCUUAUUACCAUGAGCUGUAUCUUACUCAUGAACAGUGGCAAAGUCUUGAAUCUGUGCCUGCGCUGAAACAUUACAAUCUUGCUAUAAGGGAACUGCUCAGCCCAUCACCUGGUGCUUCGUCGCAAGGUCAUAUUCUUGUCCUGUCAUGUUUGAUUUUCAUCUGCAUUGAGCUUCUUCAUGGCAAGACAGGAUCAGCUAUCGGGCUCUUCAGGUAUGGCGUCGGAAUGAUCCAGCAGUUUAGAAGGACUUUCUUUAGCAACAGAGGCCACGGCUCUCAUCCCCAUACUGACGUCGAAGCAACCUUCAACCUGGCUGAUGCCUGCUUCAGACGUAUUGCCGUGCAACUCCUUAUGCUCAUGGGUGAUGUUGAUGCAGGCCUUUGGUCCUCAUUCCACGACACAUUCAGCAAUGCUCUUCCGCCUCCUGAGACUUCAUUUACAUGCCUCUCUGAGGCAAGAGAAGCUCUACUGGAGCUGCUUGUCGAACAAAUCAGUCCUGGCCUGAAGGGAAAGUCCAACUACGAAAUAAUGUCCCAUGCUACGAAAGUCGAGCGCUGGGUCGAGUCCUUUGACAAACUCUUGUCCGAGCUCAAGUUCAGUGAUGAGGACUUGACUGAUGCUGAUCAACGAGCGAUUGCUCUUCUCCAAAUGCAUCGAAAGUACCUCGAGAUCAAUGUCGCUAAGUAUCUCCACGGUCAAGGCGACCCAUGUUUUUGGGACCGUUUCACCGCUGAAUUCGACGAGAUUGUCAACUGUGCUGCUACAGCAGCUGGACUUGACAAUAGCUACACCCAAAAGAGCUGGGCCGGCGACUCGCCCUCAAAGGCAUAUUUCCACGUCGAUCUCGGUUUUACAUCCGUCUUGGUCUCGGUAAUCGCGCGAUGUCGCGACCCUUUUGUUCGAAGAAGGGCCAUUGCAGUUAUGCUAGCAGAUCGCGUCCAAGAAGGCGUGUUUAAUGGAUCUCAGUCAGCCAGAGUAGGGGCAAGGGUGAUGGAGUUGGAAGAGGCCAGGAGCGGAAGGGAGGUUAAGUGUAGUAGCGAUGUACCUGAGGAGGCUAGAGUGAGGACGAUUCGUGUGCAUAUGAUGGGGCCGGAGACUAAGAAGGUAAAGCUAGUGUAUGGGUUUGAUCGUGGAUACUGGGAAGAGGUAAGGGAGAUGGCUGAGUAGAUGCAUAAAUAAAGCAAAAUAUCAAGAUCUAAUUGUGAGCUACACCCUACGUAACUAUAAA